UUCAUCUCGGCCAAAAAAUGGAAUUGACACGUGAACAUUAAAUAAAGUCAUUUUCAAUGAUAAAUUACUGUUCUUUCAUCAUUUUUCGCAAAAUAUAAAAGGCAACCCUCGUAUUAGGUUAAGUAUUAACUUACCCGUAAAAUGACACUGGUUCGUCAUUUUCCUGCGACUUCUUCUUAUAUUGGGUAGAAGUACAUCCCUCAACAAAACAGUACACCACCAUUUUUGUAGUAAUAUAAUUAAUAAAUCACGAUUUUUAAAUAAAAAUUGGAGAUCAAAAUUACAUUAUGACAGAACUGAUGCAAUAAGAAUAAGCAUGGCGUCGCAUUUUAGUUUGUCAUUUUCCCGUUUGGUACUUUGCAGCGCUGCUCUAUGUUGGCUACACACCUGAAGAACUGUUAGCAGUCCAUACUUAUAUAGUCAAAGAUUUACACCGACUUUGACACCUGCCGUUUGUAUCCUCCCGCUCGUGCGAGUCGCGAUCGCAAAUGACGUUGCGCGGAUCACACGCGGGCGACCGCGAGCAGUUAUGCGGUGGAGAUUUCGCGCGGGUACGCGCGACACGUGAAUACGCGAGCGAAUGAACGGAAGCGCGGGAUUUCUCCCCCGCGGAAGGAUCUCUUUCUAAGACUCUCCCCGCUGCGCGCGAGUCAAGUCUGUAAAUAAUGGCAUUCUCGUUUCGAGCCGGCACCAAUUGGUGCCACGACUUCCCGAAGCUCGCCAGGGAGUCGGGAUUUUACUUCAACAUGCAUGGGUCCAGGGUGCGAGUCGACUGGAAUCGCAUAGGCGCCAUAGACAUAGACAGAGUCGUGCGGGAGAGAGAUUUCUCCACCAUCGAUCAGAACAUCAAUAACGUAAUAGAUUAUUGCCUGGAGAGCGAGUACGACGUCAAGAUCCUGGACCCCAGCUUCGUCAAGCUGUUCCGGCUCGCGCAGCUGUCAGUCGAGUAUUUGCUGUACUGCAAACAGUACCUGGAUCACAGCGUGAUAAUACUGAAGGACGAGCUGCGGCAGAAGAUUGAGCAGAACGUCGGUAUGAAGAAGGAAAUCGCCGCCCUGGAGGACACCGUGAAGAGUCUCAAGGAUAGAACGCGGGAGAGGCGUAAGCUGAUUGAAACCAGCGUCGGCGAGAUCUCCAACGGGGAAGUUUUCAAGUGCCCGCAUUGCCCGAAAACAUUUGUACGCGCUAUAUUCGUGAGUGCUCAUGUAGCGCGCAAACAUUCGUUCAUAUCGGACGCGGGGGUCACCGCCUCACCUGUGCACGAUCAUUAUCGAGCAGAAACGGAGAAGUUGCACAACGAGAUAAAGACGUUGAAGGAAAGGUUGAAUCAAACUGAAAGAGUGAUAAGAAACGAGUCCGACAAACUGCUGGAUAACAUGGGGAAGGACUACGCGAGGAAUAUGAGUAAAAACGAGUACGACAACGGUAAAGCGGAUAAAUUUCACGAGCAGAGAAGAUACCACGAAGAUAUCGGAAGUUUGAAGAGGAUGCUGUUCGACGAGAUACGCGCAUUAAGGGAAAAGGAUCACGUUGUAAACGAGAGUAUCCUGGAGACGAAUGUGAAAACUCUGAUCAGUCAGCAAGAGAAAGAGAUUGAGAAUUUGAGAAAUCAACUUCUUGAAAGGUUGACGCCGGGCAUGGAAAAUAUGCAGGUAAAAUUACAAACGCAAGAGAAUCAUUGGAGAAUCAAGAUGGAGGACAUGGAGGCCCAACAUCGUCGCGAUAUCGAGAAGUUGACCACAGAAUUGAAAGCGACUCAGCAAGUAGCCGAUCGAAUAAAGUCUGAGUACGUCUCUAAGGUGCACGACUUAGAGAAACAGUCUGUGGACCAAUCCAAUAUGUUGGUGGAGCAAAGAAAGCAGUUGAACAACUUGUCACGUGAGAUCAGUAAUUCGCAAUUACAGAUCAAUAAUUAUAAAACUUGGGAGAAGAACCCGGCAGAAAUCCACAAGUCUCCUUUGUUAACAAUAAACCGCGACAGCAAUGAAAGCAAAGCUUAUAAGAGUUCAAAUAAUACUGAGAUUACCGAGAUGGUCGUUCAAGAUGUCGAUAGUGAAUCUAGUCAAGAAUACGGUGACAAACUGAUGUCAGUCGUGGCACAAACCGAAAAUAAGCCUAGUAAAGAUAGUACUGUAAAAAGCAAGAGUAAUAAGAAAGCUGUUACUGACAGCAGGACUGUAGAACGCUUGAAUGCAAAGUCUAUGAAAAAAUCGGACAGAUCGGAAGUCAAGAAAACGAGAAACAAUGCGAGGUAUUACGAUGUGUUGAGUGACACGGAUGAAAUCGUUCGCACAAAUAAAAAUUCUGUUACCAAAGAGCAUCCUAUUGAUGUAAAUAAAAAGUACAUAGGUGUUAGAGAGAAGAAAGACGCGUUACACACCGACAAUAUAAAGACCAAUAAAAGAUCCGAGUUCUUAGAAAGACGUAGUGUAAGUUCCGUGACAGAAUCUGGAUCUUUGUCGUCGAUGUCGGAGUCGGAAACCGAUAGCGAGAGUGUUACAACGGACGAUGAUUUGAUAAAAAAGUAUGAAACGCCUGCAGUUAAAUCUCCCAAUGCCAAGAGAAUAUCGAUACAGGAGGAUGCGCUAAGUAUGUUCGAUAACCGGCUGCGAGAAUUGGGAAUCGAUCCAGAAUGGCAAGGAAUACCUGCGGCAACGUACAAGCAAAAAAUGGAGAUUGUGAGGCAUCAGCAAAAUAUUAAUGCGAAAAAGCUAGUUCGAUACAGUCAAAUCAAACAGAAAAUACUUGAGGACGUUCUUCUAAGGAUAUCGGCGAAUCGUAAGGAAUCGAGGUAUUCGACGCUCACGAAAAGUUCUCCGCUGGACAAGCUGGUCACUCACGUCAAAUCGAAGGCUUGGAAAGCCUUCAGCAAGAAUAAUGGCGAGUAUACCUCUGUCCAGAAGACGGAAAAUACAACACCGUUGAAAUUACGUCUGAAGCAAAAAAUUGAGCUACUUCCUAAGAAAUAUAGAGAUGAUGAGGUGCACGAGAACACGCGCGAAUCGCCAGUGAAAAAGAGCGGAGCGGACACUUACGUCAGUCCAAACCUGGCUCGGAUUCCAAGUAUUUCUUCCGCGAGCUCCAUUGAAUCACGAGAAGAUAUAAAGCAGAUUUCACCUACGAAGAUAACUGUGUCGGAUAAUAACGCGCGUAAAGCGAAUUCUCCGAUCAACAGGAAGCAGGUGGUAGCGCCGAAAUUUUCCGAAAACAAUGACUCGGAUAGUACGAUUGUACAGCCGGACGAUUCGGUUCUUUCUCCGAAGAAUAAAAGUGUUUUAAAACCAACGAGCGGUUCAGUCGGCAGCCUGAUAAAGAAGAAAGUCUUGUUCGAUUUAGAUGAGAAGAAAAAUGAUACGGAGGGCAGUCAAAGGAAGAGUCAAAUAAAUAGCAAUGACUGGAGUGUCUCAAGUUUUGCUGAGAGGAGAGAAUAUGCGUUGCAGAAAGAAAAGUCUAUGAGUACAGGCAACAUUGUUUUAAAAACAUCGCAGAGCGACAAAAUCGCGGAAAUAUCAAAGAAGAUACAAGAACAGUUAAGUAUAGCGAGGAAGGCACCCGCAGGAUCAGUCGACACGAUCUUUCGACUCAACACGAGCUCACAGGAUCUUACGAAUUACAAUGCGGGAAAUCAGCUGUUAAACUCGAUUUUAAACAGUCCGCAGAAUCUCGCAAGCCCGAGGACGACGGGCAACAUGUUUCCGCAGGCCGCUCCGCGAACUCUCAAGGACAAAGAUCUUGCCGUCGCUCAACGUAAAAGUGAAAUAAAGUAUUCCGAUUUGGAUUCAGAUAUAGACGAAAUAUUACAGAUGGAGUAAGCAGUAUUAUAUCAGGCACUGUGUCUACAAUGCAAUUUUUAAUUAUUAUUUCAAUCUUCCGCUCUGUAUUGCUGACAUCGUAAAUCGAAUAGGUUUAAUGUAUAAUUAACAGUGUACAUACAUGUUUAGGAUUGGAUAAGUUUUAUUUAAUACAUUUUUAUGCACAAACUAUGGAUUUUCAGUAUAAAACGCGUGUGUACUAAAAAUAAUCUUGUACAUGAAACUUAAAAUACACACGUUAUACAGAU